AAUCUUGAAGAAAGAAAAAAGAGAAACCACCAUGGUCAGCUUGAAAAAACUCAUUGACAUGGCAAGGAAGUGGAAGAAAAUGGCUGGCAUUGGGAGGAGAACGAUCUCACUCCCAAUAAUCCGCCAUAGGGUGGCUGAUAAGGGUCACUUUGUCGUAUACACGACAGAUAAGAAAAGGUUUGUGGUGCCUUUGGUUUAUUUGCGCAGCAGAAUCUUUAAAGAGCUAUUUAGGAUGUCUGAGGAAGAGUUCGGGCUGCCAAAGGACGGGCCAAUCACGUUGCCAUGCGAUGCGGCCUUCUUGGAGUACGCCGUCUUGGUAGUUCAAAGGAGCGUCGCUGUAGAGGCGCUAGAGAAGGCAUUGCUGGUGUCGAUAGCCUCUUUGCAGUGCUCGGCAACUGCAGAAGAGUUGAGUUAUUAUCGUCAAAUAUUUAUCCAUGGCUUCUGAUCGAUCAUGCAUGCAGCAUGCAUUCAGCUCGCAUUUAUAUAUACAUGAUCAAGAUAACUUUUUAAGACCACAUUAACAUUGAAGAUUACAUUUUGCUUUCCCUUGUUAAUACAACCUUGAUUUAAUAAAGAUCUUGUACUUUUUUGUUGUGAAAGAUGGAGAGUUUAAUCCUUCUUGUUUGUUUAUAAAUUGGGUCUC